UGUGUAAUUAAUUAUUUUUAAAAACAGUGUUCAAACAUGUAUAAUUACCAUAUGCUUAUGUGUGUUUUUUGUUUUUAUCACAUACAUAGAUGUAUCUUCUUAACAUUUUAAGUAUAAUAGUGAUGUUUCUAGCAAAAAGUGUGAAAAAACACAUUAGUUUAAUUGUUAAAGUGCUCCUCGACAUUUUCUCCUUGAGCGCAGUAAUGGGCACAUGUUGGAUGUUUUUCAAAGUAUUCCCAAUAUUCGAAACGGUCGUUUUCUGUGCGGAUUCUACUUUGACGUAUUCAUACAAAGAAGCAAUUGUAAGUGAAUACGUGCUGGUAAAAGGUUUCAUUUUUGCUCCACUGCUGAUUUUCCCCGUUAUCGAGUCCCUGAUACUCCUUACAAGACAAGUGACUUUCAAAGACGCGAAGCGUAGACUUUUUUUUAACAUAUACAACAACAUUAUUGUGUUCCUGUUCGGUGGUGUCAGCGUGUUGUCGAUCUGCCUUCUUCUGAAACCGUGCGUCGGAAGUUUGAGGCCUCACUUCUUCGAGGUCUGCCAGCCGAAAAACGGGUGCGAUGGCGACUCGUCCAAAAAAAGGGCCUACUUCGAACAGAGCGAUUGCUCAGGUAAAGAUCUCAUAAAAAUGAAAAACGCCAUGACGUCUUUUCCCUCGGUGCAUUCCACAAUAUCAACAUACGUAGCGGUCUAUUUAUGUUAUUAUGUUGAGACAAAGAUGAAAAAUAAAGAAGCGGGCAUUCUGAAACGGGUCUUACAAUGCCUAUUCGCCAUAGCAGCUAUAGUCAUCAUUUUCAUGCCACUGCAUACGAACAGGAACCACUGGAGUGACAUUUUGGCCGGGAACAUAAUCGGGACGAUCUUUGCUUUUGUCAUGGAUAAAACACGUCAUAAUUUGGAGAGACGAUGGCCUAUAAAGUUGUUGUUAUUCCACGACCCGUUAGAGGAACUAUCUGUUUUUAAAGAUUAAUAUCUGAAACAAAUGUUUCUUUUGUUUGCCCUCGAAUAACAGAUGUCAGCGACAAUAGAAAAUCACAUUUGAAUUUAUCGUGUUUGUAAUGAGACAAAAUACGAACUCGAACUGAAAACAGU